AUGCUUCUGUGUCCGGAUGAAUGCCUCGAGCCUCAAACACCUCAGAGCUUGGAUUUGGAUAGGGAUGAAGCUGAGCCUCGAAAGCAUGGAACAAAGCUCCCUGACCUUGCCUUCAUGAAGCGCCGCAGCGGCGACUUCUGGAAGGCUUGGGAUGUGUACAGACAUAAGCCUUGGAACAUGUGCCUUUUGGUCCUUGUUGGCACUCUGUUCGCUGUUGGUCAUCACCUGUUCUACCUCCAUUUCAAUGGAAGAGAGGCUGUCAACCAGUCUCUGAUGUUACGGUACGGGACUAUCAUCGCAUUCUGUGCCAAAGCCAGUCUCGGUGCAGCUGCUACUAUUGCGUUUCAUCAAAGAGCCUGGAAAGUGGUCCGAAAUAAAACAGCCCGGGUUGAGACUAUUGACUCAGUUUUCACCGCUAACUCAGAUAUCUUGUCUCUCUUUACCUGGGGCUCUAUCCGGAAAGCAAAAAUUGGCACUCUUCUUGCACUUUACUGCUGGCUCACUCCUCUUGUGGUCGUACUGACUUCUGAGACUUUGUCAGUUUUUGUCGGGGUCUUUGAGGAGACCACGACAUGCACGUCUAUCCGGACCUUGAACUUUGAAAACGAGGAGAAGGUAUAUUGGCGGAAUCCCCAGAAAAUCGAUGACCAGUUCCUGACGUCUAUGUCUUUAUGGAACACAACUGCUCUCUCUGAUGAGAACUUUAACACGGAUGACUUUGACUAUUACGCCGGUUCUAGCUACCAGGUCAACAACCUCGUUGCCACCAAAACGAUACUGAUGGGCGAGGCCAUAGUUCACAAAGAGUCAGCGCUCGAGAUCUGUGGAGAGGGGUGGAACUGUUCCUUUGUCAUAAACUUUCUUGCUCCAGGUUACAAGUGUGAGGAGCUAGCAUCAGGAAUAGAUUCUGAAGUUAAGAAGCUUGGGAAUGCUACCGCCCCCUUCAACACCUCUGUGUUAGCGCCAAUGGGGGAUCGUACCUAUUAUGCCAUCAAUGAUCAAGGCGACUAUGGUUUUCCCCAAAUGUUGUCCUACGCUGAGGGGAGGCCAAAGCAUGGUCCUCCGUAUCCUAAAAACUUUGGAGCUUUCAGAACAGAGCCUAUUAUGUGGAUUGGUUAUGCAACAGUGGAUGAUCCUUCGGUCCCUCAACCGGAUACGCCAGGCACAGACGAGUGGAGGAAAGCGUAUACACCAGUUAUCAUUGCGUGUGAACAUUACGAGGUUAAUUAUACGGCCCAGUUCAAUUACACAGCUGGUGCACAAUUCGUUGAUAUCCAGGGGCGGGAAUACCUAAGAAAGGUGGUUGAUACGACUUACGUACCCGAGAAGGACCCCGACAAGAGGUUGGACGACCGAUCGCGAGCUGCCCCCGAGAGCAACUACAUAUUUCCUACAGAUAUCAAACAUUACCGCCGAACAGCAGCUUACCAUUCCCUGGGCUCUCUAUUACGGCUGUACCUCAAUGGAACUACAGAUAUGCGGAAUUACAACGUGAAUCCCAAUCUUUUCUCUACGCGGCUGAUUACGCGGUUAAAUUACCUCCCCGUCAAGAACCUACAGCAAGAAAUACGGGGUUUUUAUGAGGACAUGCUCAUUUCUCUCUUUGCAGAACCUUCCUUCAGUGUUGUCUCAUGGGCAGCGAAUGGAAAACCAUCUGGUGUUGCCAGAGGAGGUCCCUCAACAGCCUAUCCUUGCCGGCGACAGAGGAUAGCUACUUUCUUUCGCUACAACAUGGCCCAGCUUCUUAGCGUAUAUGCCGCAAGUAUAUUCUUGGCAGUUAUUGGUGUGCUGUUAGGUCUACAAGCUUAUCAGGAGGAAGGGAUUAUGCGUGAUAUGAAGCCAUCGUCCAUCAUGGAAGCUUCAAGGGCAUCGAAUCUCCAUGUACUGGGGGUGAGGCAAGGAUCAAAUGUUAAGAUUGGGUAUGGGCUUGUUCAUGAAGAGGCUGGUAGGAGUGUGAGAAGUUUUGGGGUCGAAGGGAAUGUGCAGCAAUAG